AUGACCCCUCGUGAUUAUAAAAGCGGAGCCAUCUUACCUACAGUCAUGCCUAAAGGAAUAAUCUAUUUGGGCUCGCUCUUCGGCCCUGAACGAGCAGAAGCAUGGUCAGAACGGCAUCAGGUACUGGAACGCUGCAUUGUUGAUAACUUUGGUAUCCGGAAUCAAUAUAUUAUAGAUGCAACAUAUUCUGGGGAGAGCUACAUCCGAAGCUGGAUCAAAUUCGCUAACAGAACAGUGUCAGGGUUUUUGAGGCUACAUCUUUGGGCAUUCGGCGGUGGAUUUGUAAAAGAUGCCUUACAUAUUAUAGAACUAAUGUCUGUUUGGGUCCCGAGAGGCCGUCCGGAUGAGUAUAGCAAGCUUGACCGAUAG